AUGACUUUUCUUGCUUGCUGUCCUGUGGCGUCGAUGGCAAGGUCCGCUGCUGGGAUCCUGGAACCGGAGCCCCAAAGAAAGCCAAGGCCGAGCCACCACACACCAAGCGGAAGAUUGAAGCGAACGGUUUGCUGCUGCCCCUGGCGAAGCGCGAGGAGGCGACAUGGCAGCCGGAGAUCAACGUGGACUGCAGCACGGAGGAGCAGGGGCUGCACUUGGCCGCUUUAG